GGCACGCACUGGGUAUGGGAAAUUUUAGUUAUGCUGGUUAAAGGCACUGCUGAGUACGAAACCAAAAAGAAGGUAGCAGCUUUUCUGGAUUUCAGGGCACCGGAAACAAUAAAUGAACUUCCGUCCCCAAGAGUUUUAAACUGCCAUUACCCUUUUAAACUUAUACCGAGGCAAAUGUUACAGAAAGGAACAAAAAUUGUUCAUGUGAUGAGGAAUCCAAAGGACGCCUUUGUUUCAUUUUAUCAUCACAUGCAAUCAAUGAAUAAGGGAGCGUUAGCAAAGAGUUUCGAAGAGUUCCUCCCUUUGAUGCUUGGGGACUAUGGUUUUUACAUGUUUUAUCCUUGGUUCAAGUAUGUCAAAGAAUGGGAAAGGUUUUCUAAACAACACCCAGAGCAGAUUAUUAAUCUUUACUAUGAAGAUAUUAAAGAGGAUCCUGUGAGAGAAAUAAAAAAGAUAAAUGAGUUUCUUGGUACGGGAAGAGACGAGGUCUUAAUACAAAAGAUUGCUGAAUCCUGUGACUUCAGAAACCUGAAAAAGGCUGAUGCAGAAAUUAAAGUACACGAACAUAUGUUACAUAGUUCGGAUAUGCCAGUGAUUUACAGAAAAGGUGAUGUUGGAGACUGGAAAAAUCAAUUCACAGUGGCACAGAAUGAUCAUAUGAACGAAUGGCUGGAAGAAAACUUGCUGGAUACCAAUCUUAAAUUCAGAUACUCGCUGUGAAAGUUGAAACAAAUUUAAGGGGAAAAUACUUACAUUUCUUUGUAGCCUGUAUCACUAUAAUCAGAUAACUUCAGAUUAUUAUAUGUACAUGUGUUAAAAAAGGUGGACUAUUCUUGAAACAAUAAAAAAAUUCGCCCCUCGGACAUAGAAAAAUAAAUAAUAAAAAACACAUUAAAUAUAUAAUGUUAUUGAUGUUUAUACUAAACGUUUUUCGUUUUUAUAAACUAUAGGAAUGAUUUUAAUACCCAUCUCUAACACUAGUAAAUGUUUGAUUUAAUUUUAACUAAUUUUGUCUCAUACUUUGACUAUGUGAUAUUUUUUCAAAUUGGUUUAUCUUGUAUGUGCACAAGAUGUAACAUAGAUUGAGUAACCAGCCUUUUUAUUAUAAAAUCAUAAUAAGAACAAAACAUGUGACAUAAAGUAAAAAUGUGUACUUCAAUAUAUUCAUUAUCAAUG